AUGCUGAAUACAAAUGGGGUACUACCACACAUUCGCAACCUCAUUGUUCUGGUGCUGGCAAACUUCCCAGACCUCUUGUAUCAAUCGAAUAGUCACAAACAACUUAGGAUCGAAGCAAAUCCAGCGAACCAUCCAAUCACUGUCCGAAUCAGUGAUAUGGCCGAUAUCAGCGUCGUAGUCGUCACAUUACGUGCGACGGAGAUAGGUCAGACGACUUCGUGCGAGGUUUCAUCUGAACAAGAGCUGUUAAGUGCCUUGGCACGCUAUGCCGGUGAUGAGGUACAAAUACUUGGCGGCCAUCCACAUCCCAAGUUAAGCCGAAUGGUACACUUGUGGGCAGGUUGUCGACGGUGGAGACAAACUAGACAAGGAUACAAGCAUGGUGCCAUAUCGACACAACGACGACGGGGUUUACGUGAUGUUAGCAGGCGCAAGGAAGACUGGAUUACGGAAAACGUUGUCAUCGAUCAGGCACUGAGCACGCUCAAGUGGACACAUAUUAGAAAAAUGGUUGAAAUAUCACCAUGGAGAGAACAACUACUCUUCCGACUCAAACACCGCGCACUCACACGAUGGGAUUCUAUAGCUCAGCACCCUGGAUGUGUCAUCUAG